UUAUUUCUGUAAUUGUGUAUUUUACCUGCAGCUGUCAUGUACAUGACAUCCUGCUUGUCAUUUAAAAAAAUGUAAGUUUUAUAGCUACAUGAUUAAAUAUGAAUCAUGUUCCUGUCGUUUUUCAUUAUCUGUGCGCAACCAAAAAUGCACACCAAAUUAUUACAUAAUAGGUAGUUGCAUUCCGCAGUGAUUAUGAGCCAGUUUUCAACAUAACCUAUAAAUCCGUUUUGGGAAGAUUUUAAUUUAAAAACCAUGGAAGAAUCGAACGACUGUGCAUAUUUAAGAGAAUUUGCAACAACAAAUCAGUGUGAGUUAAUGUUUGCUUUAAACCUGCACGUGGAAGGUGUUGGUUUGCUCCAAGAAGAAGUACGAGCAGUUAGACAAGUAACUGACACAGUGGAAUCAUUGCUACAACACAUUGUUAAUAAAAUAAGAAAAUCUGUUAAAAAUUUAAAGGAAAAUGCAGCUGAAAACAGUGAUAGUGACUUAAAGGUGCCAAUCAGUCUGACCAAUGGUUUCACUGAAAACAUUCGAGGAAAAACGGUUUUGAAGAACUUGAUUAAUUCUAAUAUUGGAGCCAUCAGGUUUCAGAUAUUUGAUCAGAGUUAUUUCGUUGUUAUUAACGCUCCAUUGGUGAAGGAAAUUAAACUUCCUUUGAUUUUAUAUGCUCAUUUUACCGUCCAAGCAAGCAAAUUGUUUUGUUUAUUUACUGAUCACAGCAGUUCUCAGUUUUCUUGGUUUAAAUCUAAAGAUAAAGAAAAUUGGACGCAAGUCGCAACUACUUCCAAAUAUAAAAUUAAACACGAUGACAUUGAUCAUUACUUGAAACUGGUAUGUGUGCCGUGCAAUAGUGUACUGACGGGACCUUCAGCGGAGGCUAUUUCAGAAAAUAAAGUUGAAUUGAUUGGGGAUUUACCAACUUGUCCUUUUGAAGAGAGACACAAAUUUACAAGUCAACCAUCGAACAACAACUGUUUCAGAGUUGUUUCCUACAAUGUUUUAUCUAAUAGAUAUACUGACAGCGCUGACUCUUUCCCAUACUGUCCGCCAAAAUUUCUAGCAAUAGAUUAUAGGAAGCAAUUGAUAACUAAAGAAUUAUUAGGUUACAAAGCGGAUGUAAUUUGCCUUCAAGAAGUGGACAGCAGUGUCUUCACUACAUACUACAAGGAUAUUUUUAAAAACGCAGGUUACAUGAGUUUCUAUCACAAAAAAGGCAACAAAAGCUCAGAAGGUUUAGCUUGUUUCUUCAAUAAGACACGUUUUAAGAAAGUGGAUGACCACCAAAUAAUCUACAGUAAUGAAAUUAAAAAGAAGUUAUAUACACAUUUGUGGAAUUUUGUCAAAGUAAAUCCAGAUCUUAGGGACCUGUUUAUGAGACAAUUGACCUCAUUGCAUGUUACAGUUUUAAAACUCAAGCUAGCAAAAAAAAGUCAUACAUUGAUUUUUGGAAAUACCCAUCUUUUCUACCGUCCUGAGCAUGAACUUGUCAGGAUUUUACAAAUUAAUAUGGCCACUACAUAUUUGCAGUCUCUGAACCAGAAUUACUCUCAGAACAAUUCUGUUAAAGUAAUUCUCUGUGGCGAUUUUAACAGUAUUCCUACAUCCGCUGUUUAUGAUUAUGUAGCAAAUGGAAAGCUACAUAAAAACCAUCCUGUGUUUCAAAACACUAAAAACCACCCUAUUUUGUUCCACAACUUUCAGUUUGAAAGUGCUUGUGGAACACCAACAUACACAAAUUACACAGAAAAUUUUAAAAAUUGUUUAGAUUAUAUUUUUAUUGAAAAGAAUAAAUUGAAAGUUAAUAAAGUAGUACCCUUUCCAACGGAGGAAGAACUUGGUAAUUAUAUAGGUUGUCCAAAUGAAGUUUAUCCAUCAGAUCACUUAGCACUUGUAGCAGAUUUGAAGUUAGCUACAUAAUUGAUUUACACAGUAUAUUAAUUUGAGUAAUGUCAAGUAAUAACAGCAUACUCUUUUUAUAAAGAAGUACUAAUAUUGUAAGAUUUAAACUACAUGCUGCUGAUUUUUUGUGUUAGCAGUAGUGUAUCAAGGAAUUGAUCAACUAAUAUUUGAAAAGUUUUUGGCAAUUUUAUACCAAAAUUUUUAUAAUAGUUGCAAUUAUUUUUAUAUUGACUCUUUAUUGACCAUAUUUUUUCAAUAUAAAAUAUGACUUGUAUUGUCAAAUGUUGUAAAUAUUUUUAUAGCUCAAAUAAAUUAUAAUUUUUA